UCCCGCCGGCCAGGCUCGGCCCGAGUGGAGGAUUCCAGAUGCAUGUUAAUGAGGGGGAGGCCGCAGCCGCCCAUUGGCCCGCGGCUCAUGUGUCGGUGAAGUCAGUCCUGUGUCACAGAAAAACAGAGCAGGGCGAGCUGCAGCAUGGAGUGCUAGGGGAGCAAGGGCACGGGCUUGCAUCACCAAGAAGUUGAGUCCAGAGAAGUUUGCACCCGCUCUGCUCAGGACUUCAGCCCCAAUGUCUCUUAUCUUCACCUCUACUCAUUGGGAACUGAAACCCAUCCUCCUAUAGCCUCCAGAGUCUUCUGUUGCAGAUACUUUCCCCAAGAGAGAAAACCAGUGCCUGGCUGAAAACCAGCCCCUCUGCCACCAUGAGCUCUGAGUGUGAAGUCGAUAUUUCCAAAACAGUGGUAAACGGGCUAAGCUCAACCAGUAAUGGCCAAGAAAAAGACAUGGACCCUACCAAAAUUUGCACUGGAAAAGGAAUGGUGACCCUCCGGGCGUCUUCCACACACAGGGAAUCUCCGAGUGCCAGCCCUGUGAGCCCCCAGGAGAUGGUGCCCUCGGAAAGUAAACCAGGUCUGGAGCCAGAAAAUUUCCCCACAGAUGAGUGGAGACUGUCCUCUAACGCGGAUACAAACGGAAACGCCCAGCCCUCUUCGCUGGCUGCCAAGGGCUACCGAAGUGUGCAUCCCAACCUCCCUUCUGACAGCAAGUCACAGGGUGCAGAUUCUCUGGUAAAUGAAGUUUCUUCACCCCACGUUGGGACCGAUUCCCAGAUUUCCCCACCAGUCAGCAAGCCUUCAUCUGCUUACCCUUCCACUACCAUCGUUAAUCCCACUAUUGUGCUUCUGCAACACAAUCGAGAGCAACAAAAGCGGCUUAAUAGUCUAACAGAUCCUGUACCAGAGAGGAGGAAUGAAGACAAAGUAGACUCAGCAGCAACGUGGGAUAAAGUCGUUCAGCCUAAUACACGACCAGAUAAAACAGUAAAGGAUGACAGUAGAAGACUGGUUAAGAACCCUCAGUGCUUAAGUGAUGGUUCCAUGGAUGAAGUGGGCAUCCCACUAAGGAACACUGAGAGAUCCAAAGAUUGGUAUAAGACGAUGUUCAAACAGAUCCACAAACUAAACAGAGAUGAUGAUUCAGAGCUCUACUCCCCUCGAUACUCGUAUUCUGAAGACUCAAGAAUACCCUUUUCGGUGCCUCGUUCAAAAAGUGAAAUGGAAUACAUCGACGCGGAGAAGGUGGUCAAGAGAUCCGCCACGCUGCCCCUACCCUCCCGCUCCACAUCUUUGAAAUCAAGCCCAGAAAGAAAUGACUGGGAGCCCCCAGAUAAGAAAGUGGACACUAGAAAAUAUCGCGCAGAACCUAAAAGCAUUUACGAAUAUCAGCCCGGCAAGUCUUCGGUUCUGACAAAUGAAAAGAUGACUCGGGAUAUAAGCCCAGAAGAGAUAGAUUUAAAGAAUGAACCUUGGUAUAAAUUCUUUUCGGAAUUGGAGUUUGGGAGACCGCCUCCAAAAAAGAUAUGGGAUUAUACUCCUGGGGACUGCUCUAUCCUUCCUAGAGAGGAUAGAAAGACUACGAGAGUCAGCCCCACUCCAGAAACAGCUGCUGAGCAUUCUGCCUACUCAUAUUCACCCAACAUCCAUGCAGUGAAGAGAGAGUCAGAGAUGGCUCCGGGGGAUUCCACUGGUUUGGAGAAUGAAAGACAGAUUUACAAAAGCGUUUUGGAAGGAGGAGACAUUCCUCUCCAGGGAUUAAGUGGUCUCAAGAGGCCCUCCAGCACUGCUUCCACUAAAGUGGAUCGUAAAGGUGGGAAUGCUCACAUGAUUUCCUCUUCUUCAGUUCAUAGCCGAACCUUUCAUGCUAGUGAUGUGUUAGGGCCUAUGUGUAAACAUAAGAAGCCCCUGUCAGCAGCGAAAGCCUGCAUUUCUGAGAUCCUCCCUUCCAAAUUCAAACCCAGGCUGUCAGCUCCAAGUGCUCUCUUGCAGGAAAAGAAGAGUGCCCUGUUGCCCCCGGAGAAGGCUCAAAGUUAUGAAAACCUUUGUAGCUCCCCCACUCUAGAUGAUCCCAAAAGAACGCUCCCCUUGCAAGGAGGGGGAAGCAUUGAAAACCUUCUCAUGCGGGUGAAGCGAGAGUAUGGCACCAAGUCCGGCAGCACCCAAAGCCUCCAGGAUUAUGGGGCCAGUGCCAGGAAGUAUUGCCCCCUCUCCAGGAAGGUGGGGAGCGAAUUCACCAUGCUCUACAAAAACAUGCAUCACAUUAACCGAACUGGGCUCCAGCUGAGCUCCAUCUCCUCCUCCAGCGUCCGGGACCUGGCGUCCCAUUUUGAAUCCAGCAACCCAGCGGAGGCCAGGGGUGAGCUGAACCUCAGCCAGGAGAGCUCCGAGCACAUUCCGAAACACACGGUCUCUUCACGGGUCACGGCCUUUGAGCAGCUGAUCCAACGGUCCCGUUCCAUGCCGUCCCUGGACUUAUCGGGCCGGCUGAGCAAGUCACCCGUGCCACUGCUGCCUCGUGGUGGUCUGAGCGCAGCACGCUCAGCUGAAUCCCUCCUAGAAUCUCCCAAGCUCCACCAUAGGGGGAAGGAAAUCAGGGACCACCCCACAGUGGCCUAUGCUUCACCAGCCUGCGGCAACGUGGAGGAGCCCGCUUUGAAUUUGAGGGCCCUCCUGCCUGCUGACCCACCCUCGGCCUGCUUGGAUGAACUUGACCGUCUUUCCACUGUCUCCAAUGACAGUCGAGAGGGGAGCACCAGCAGCAUCCACAGUGAUUCCCAGAGACAUCGGCACAACAAAUGCAAGGGCAGCUGUCCAGCGUCUUACACCCGCUUCACCACCAUCCGGAAGCACGAGCAGCAGCAGUCCUCCAGGACCCCUGGGUGGAGAGUGGACAUGGGAGGGGACAAGAACGUUGUCCUUAGAAACAUCUACCUCAUGGGCCCCCUGCCUUUCAGGUUGAAAAAGCCCCUCCAGUACCAUUCCCGAAAGCCUCCACACAGGGACUCUUCUAGCCCAACAAUGGGGCAGAGAGCAGAAUCCCAAACUCACCCCCUUGGGCAUGAACUCAGCCCCGAAGGGAAGCCCUCCGUUCCCAAGCGCCAGUCAUCACUCCGUGCCCUGGAAAGGCUUAGCCAGGUCUCAGAACCCUCUCCAAAAAGAGCCGGGAUACCCGAAGACUAUCUGGGCACCCUUAAGCCCAGCAGCUUGAGCCCAUGUUUAGGUCCCAGCUUGGAUAGGAACAACAACCCGCAAAAUGACCUUGGAACACCCCCCCGAGAUUCAGAGUCACCUCGGCACUUCACCCCGGCUGAAUACUUGGAAAGUACUGAAGAUUUUAUUCGAAGGCGUCAUGAUGACAAAGAGAAACUUUUAGCGGACCAGAGACGGCUUAAGCGCGAACAAGAAGAAGCUGAUAUUGCAGCUAGACGGCACACGGGUGUUAUUCCAACCCACCAUCAGUUUAUCACUAAUGAGCGGUUUGGGGACCUCCUAAAUGUAGACGAUACAGCAAAGAGGAAAUCUGGGUUAGAGAUGAGACCUGCCAGAGCCAAAUUUGACUUUAAAGCUCAGACACUAAAAGAGCUUCCUCUGCAGAAAGGAGAUAUUGUUUACAUUUAUAAACAGAUCGAUCAGAACUGGUAUGAAGGAGAACAUCAUGGCCGCGUGGGGAUCUUUCCACGGACGUACAUAGAGCUUCUUCCACCAGCAGAGAAGGCACAACCCAAAAAGACGGCACCGAUACAAGUUUUAGAAUAUGGAGAUGCUGUGGCUAAGUUUAACUUCAAUGGAGACACCCAAGUGGAGAUGUCCUUCAGAAAGGGGGAGAGGAUCACGUUAAUUCGACAGGUUGACGAGAACUGGUAUGAAGGUAGAAUCUGUGGUACUACUCGGCAAGGCAUCUUUCCCAUUACAUACGUGGAUGUGAUCAAGCGACCCCUGUUGAAAAACCCAGUUGAUUACAUUGAUCUGCCAUUCUCUUCUCCAAAUCGCAGUACAACCGCUUCUCCCCAGUUUCCAAGUCAUGGCAAGUGCCACUCCCCAGCACCCCCAUCUCUGCCUUGUUCACGUCAGGUAUUGUCUCCUGAGAUGCAUGCCAUCACCUCUGAGUGGAUUUCCCUGACUGUAGGGGUUCCAGGCAGAAGUACUCCAGCAGUGACACCACCAUUGCCCCCUCUGCCAGAGACCUCUCUUUAUAACACUGAAUACUUUACUCCCUCAGCUGCGGCUAGUCCUACCCUUUCAGUAAGCCUUCCCCAUUCUAGCAUCUCAGAUCGCUCUAGCCCAAGCCUUUUGGUUUCUCCGUUCCCCCACAACCCUCACAGACCAUCUUCCACCAUUCACAAUGUCAGUGCUACCCUUCAGUCGAAUGAAGAUAAUAUCAUGUCUUCACCAUACCCCAAUGUUAAAUGGGAUACCUCCUCCCAGCCACUGCUAGGGAACUCUGAUAGCGUUAUCUCUGAGCUUAGUGGCGCCAUUUGCAAUCAAGCCAAGUUCCAACAGUGGCAAGAAGAAAACAGACAGUGUUCAAGGAAGCCUAAUAAAGAGGCAGGUGAGCACUGUCCCGACGGACCGAAGAUCUCUAAGAAGAGCUGCUUGAAGCCAUCAGACCUGUUCAAAUGUAUGAGUCCAGAACAGAGACUUUGCACUAACACCCCUGGGGGAAUCCAAUCCUGCCAACAUCUUCUCAGCCCUAUUCACAGAGAUGGGGCUGGGCAAAGAGAUCCCAGUGCAGGGGCCAAGCACGCUGACCCGAAAGAGAAUCAGACUGGUGUGAGACAGCAACCUCAAGCCCAGCAGCGAAGAACCACCUCUGACAGAAGUCAGAACCUACAGGAUUUAUAUAGCUAUCAAGCAUUAUAUAGCUAUAAACCACAGAAUGAUGAUGAGUUGGAACUCCGAGAUGGAGAUAUUGUGGAUGUCUUGGAAAAAUGUGACGAUGGUUGGUUUGUUGGUACUUCCAGAAGAACAAGACAGUUUGGUACUUUUCCAGGCAACUAUGUAAAACCUUUAUAUUUAUAAGAAGCCUGAGAACCCGUGAUUGUUUUUUAUUGGUGGAUGAGACACAGAACACAAAGCAAACUCUUUAUCUCAAUGUUGAAUCAAUAAGUCGGUUAGUGCAAGGAUGAAGUAAGAAGUCUUUAGAGCGACCUGGGGAAGUGUUGGAUUGGAAGCGGGAGCCUCCUGGGGCCUUACACAGUGCUUAGCUCAUAGCAGGCCUCAACAAAUGUUUCUUGAAUGAAUGAAUGUAUGAAUGAAUGAAUGAGCUAGGGCCCAGUUGUUUGCUGGGCAACAAGAAGCAAGCCAGACUUCUAGUUUACAUAGCUGCCUUUUUAAGCCCCACUAGUCCUCCCUCUCGCCCUUCUGUGGUGAGCUGACAUGGAACUGAAAGAAAGAAGCAGGUAGCCCCUCAGCCUCUGUGUUUGGAGGUCAAUUCAGUUCUAGCUCAGUCCUAGGAGUGUGGAUCUAAGUUGUGCGAACCCAAGGAAUUCAUUUAGGUCUGAAGCGACCUAGAGAAGACCCAAGGAAGCCAGCUCUGGUCCAGUCUUACCUUAAAAUAUAGGGGUCUGAUCUGUAUUGGGUUUGGGAAACUAGUUUGGUCAGAAACUAUUAAACUUUACCCAAACUUAUGCCUCUGUAAUCUGCCCCAGAGCAGGUUUAGAAGACCUGCUAUCUAUUUGAAUGCAGCAAAAACUCAUCAGACCAGACUUUCCAGGGCUAUUCUGCUAUUCUGGACUAUGGUGGCAUGCUUAGACCUGUCCCAACUUGGACCCACACUUUUGGGACUUUAGUGAUAAGAGUAGGGGUAGUGCAAAUAAGGUAUCAUUCGAUGUGUGACUAUAGGAUGUGGGACUACACUCUUUCACCCCCAUCACCACCACAUAUCCCAGUGUUCUGACAAUAAAGCAUGUAGCAUUUGCUUGUGAGAGUUGGAGGAAGUUGAUCAGAGGAACAAGUUGGAUUUGCAUCUGAUUAAAUUAAAGUUGAUCUAUAGCUUAUUGGGGUAACAUGCAAUCAGUCACUAUCCAUAUAUACAUACACAUAAAUGUAUAUAUCCUUGGAAUUUUUACUAGGUUACCUUCAGAGAGACCAAGUUUUAAUUUGAUGACUAUCACCGAUGUUUCCUAGCUUAUCAUAUGUAGAGCAUUGGAAUGUGCAAGGGUGUUUCUUACUGUAACAAAGAAUUGCAUUCAAAGGAAACUUUCGGAGUUAUUUUGAUCUAGGCAACUCAAUGAAAAUAUCACUUUGAUUUGACCUGUUCUCGGAGCAGAGAGGGUAGUUGCCCUGAACUUGUACUCUUCCUGGCCAUCACCUAUCGGAGGACCAGAGUUCCUUUUCCCUCUGAGUGACUGGGAGGAGGUAAUCCCUCAAAGCCAGAAUCAGAGAGGGGACCAUCCAGUCACUCCAUAUACACCAAGCAGCCAAUGACUGUGGAUGCAUAAAUGAGGGCUAACAGAGCCAUAUUAUGAAAGUUCAUUGCUGGGAAGGUAGAGUAACAUGUCCCUGAGUUUACCCAUCGUGUCUUCCAGAUACGAGUGGGUCCUUGCAUUGCAGCAGUCCCAGCAGUAAAUGUAAAACAGAGUAAGCUUCAGCUCUCUAGACAUAUAUAGUCACUCCAUCAUUAUACUAGCCUUGUGCGUACUCUGUUGCUCCACAGUUUACUUUGCCUCUCCCCUCCCCCAUCCGCCAUUUUGGGCAAAAUUGGGAGGGGGGAAAUAUUUCCCAUUUUGUACCUGAUUCGAUACCUCAGUGGUGUCUUCUCAUCCCCAGGGCCCUAAUACUCCUCUUCCACCUUAUCAAAACCUGUUCUCAGGAAAUAAUCUGACAAACUCAUUCACAAUGACAUAUAAAUGACUAGUAAGAUUCUAUCCGUUAUCCCUUCCUAGGAAAUUUGCACUUUAUCAAGGCAUAGAGCCUUAAAGGAAUGAAGCUCCAGGGGAGAAACUUCAGAAUUGGUAGGGGAGAAAUUAUUGGGCAAGGGGAGCCCUUCGAUGCCUCAGGAGUCAUACCGAAUGGGCAGUCACUGCCACCACAUAGUAGGACUUUUUUUUUUUUGUCAUCUUGCUCUCUGCAGGGAAUUUAGUAAAAGCACGUAUGUGUGUACAUGUGCACAGUCACCCGCAUGUCCAUUCAUUUCAGCACUAUGGCAUUAGGAUUCACUUUGAAGUGGAAGUCUUGUGUUGGAUAACUAUUUUUCUGGUCUGUUUUGGAUGCAGACUGUUAUUGAUAAAAUAUUAGACCAGAGCUUUUAAGUGGGGAGAGGGUGCUUCUUCAUUAGAUAGCUAACAUCAAACACCUCUAGGAAUACAGCUAGAGAAUCAAACCAAUUUGUAAAGCUACAUUUUACACAUAAUGCCAGUGACAUAUAUUUGUACAUCUCUGGAACCCCCAGUUUGUCUCUCAUAUUUUCCCAUAUGUUUAAUAAUAAGGAAAAAACCUAAAAUUUGCAUCAAAUUUCUGCUUCCUACAUAUCACAGAACAAGCAGUCACAAAUUUCUAGUGGCUACUUUGUCUUGAGACAUUUAGGAAUAUAAAAUACUUAUUUUUAUGCUUACAAUGUUUAUACAAGUUUACUAACAGCAAGUACGCCUAAUUGAUAGCAUGACUUGCAAUACAUUUUGAUAACUUCCCCAUGCUGCAGGGUCUAAAAACAACAUCAACUGAAGAAAAAAAAAAAAACCUUACCUUUUGCAGUCUCUCUGGGAUCAGUUAAAAAAAGAAAUCACAUCCUCAAGAAGUGGGACUGUACAUAUGUAUAUUUGUAUAGACCAUGUACUUACCUUGUAUAGAAAAAAUAAUUUUAACAAUUUGAAUGAAAGGAAGACAGUAAGGAAGUCAUUAAGGGUUUUUUUGCAUUUUUAUUUAAAUGAAGGAAUUCCAAGUUAACCCCUUUGGAUUUUUUUUUUUUUAGCACAAGAAGACACUUGUAAAAUGUUAUCGCUUUUAAAAUCCUCAUCAUUGGGGAGAAGGGCAAAAACUCUGAUCCUCAUUUAUGAAUUUUGAAAAUUUUUUCCUUUGCAGUCUUGUUUCCCUGCGGUAAUAUUUAGUCCUGUUGCUAGAAUAGAAUAUGCAAAUUAUAUUCUGAAAGAAAAAAAAAUAACUGACUUUCUAUGUAACCAGUUAAUUUAAAGGAUUACCAUUGAAACAACACAGAGAGCAUGUCCUAUAGAGACACAGAUCUUGUGUUCAUUUAUUUUUCUUUAUUGCAGUGGAUUAGGGUUUAUUUGAUAAUAAAUAGACGUGUUGAAUUACUGCCACAUUUCCUGUACAGAUUAUUUAAUAAACCUUAUUCCGAUUUGCGUGGUAUACUUUCA